AUGUUGCGCUACCUUGUAGCCGGCGCCUGCCUGACCCUGACUUUGGCCGCUGCCAAUGGCGUGGCCGAGGAGAAGUACACGUGCACCACAUGUCAUGAUCGCGCGUAUUGGAAUAAAGAUUACGGUUGUCAAGAAGCCUCCUGGCUGUUCUCGCCCCAGAACGGCAUCAAGGCGUGCCCCAUCUACCCAGCUAUCACUCGCAUGGCCAAGCUCUGCCACCAGCCCUGCACCUUUGCCAUGAGACUCCCGAAGGACAGCAAGAAUAGAGCCAUUUUUGCCCAUCGUGGAGUCCGAGCGCUGGGCUGCGAGGAUAUGUACGCGCACUGGGAGCACCUCACCGAGCCCCACAUCAGGAAGCACAAAUACUGCAUCCUCGUCGGAGGCGACACGGAAAAGGAACUCCGCUGCCGUUGUGAGCCCCGCUACUGUAACCAGGUCAUCGAGGAGUGGAGCGAAGGCCACCUGCUGAGCUUUCAAAACGGCACCCUGAAAGGCGACUACCUCGAAUACCUCUUCCUCAACCAAAACCAACUGGAUGCGAAGAUUGGCACCCGGCCGAAGCCGUUCAAGGUGACGAUCCCGCAGCGAGAGCCCAAAAGUCUCGUCAACACCACGACAUCCCCGGCAGAAAAUUCCGGGACGCUACACCUGGAAAAUAUCACGUUUUCCACGCCGCUCGAAGCGACGACCGUUACGCUAGAAGCCGAAAAUACGAAUUCUGAUGGGCUACAAACUACACAGAAGGCUAUCGUAUUCGGAAAGAUGAAUUCCGAAACAAACCGGAGUUUUUCGACUACGGAAGCUUCAGAUUCCAAGGAUUCCGAGACGCUACAAACUACAUCCGUGUCUACCGUACCUAUAAAAAUUGAUUCUGAGGAAAUUAGGGCUUUUUCGACUACUGUAGCUUCUGAUUUGAAGGAUUCUGAGGGACUACAAACGACAGAUCCGCCGACAGUACGCCGGAAUCCUACUUACGCUGAGGACUCAACUACGAUAUAUCCAGAUCACAAUGAUUCCGAGGUGCCACAAACUACAGUUGCGCCUACAGUACGCCGGAAUCCUAAUGAAAAUGAGGACUCAACUACGGUCGAUCCAAAUUACGAUGAUUCCGAGAAACUGCAAACCACACCGAAACCAACAGUACCCGGAAAAAUCGAUUCUGAAGAAAUCACGACUUUUCCGACUGAGGCGGAGCAGCAGGACGGAUUUUUGCCGAAGGCAUCGACUACCGAUGCGACUAUCCACACCCCGCUGCCCGUCUACGUCCUGCCGGCCGACCGCGAGCUGGCCGAAUUUGUGGAGGGUCCCGAGGAGAAGGUUGACGAGAUUCUCGACCGGCUGACCAGCGACCCGUCAACCCCCGAGCCCACCAAGGUGGUCGCAUGGAUUUCUACUGAGCACGACGACUACGACGACGACCUGCUCGAGCCGGAGCCUUCCGAGGAGCCGUGGAUCACUACUCUGGUCACCAUUGGUUUGCUGUUGCUGCUCCUGCUCCUCGCCACCCUCAUCUACUGCGUCUACCGCAGCUGCCGCAGGUCGAGAAAUGUAGAGGUCACCGCUGAGAAAAAGCAGCUCGUCCGGGAUGAGAUCGUCGUGGAGCACGGCACCCGCGACGGGGGCAAGGUCAACUUUUUGCGCAAGACCGUGAAGCCGCUGCAUACGGACACGCCGAAAAGUCGAUUCCAGUUGCCGGAACCGGACGAGGAGCUGCCCGCUAAGGAAUUCGACUCUAACCCUGAAAACCUCAGGGUUAGGGCGACCAUGCCCGAGUUGGACGUCUCCGACUUCACGGAGCCGCCCAGCAUCUUUAGGGACGCCAUCGAGCCGCCGGCCCUGCUGAACUCGGACGGGACCGAGAAUCCGUUUCUGAAGCCGUUUCCGGCGGCCCCGCUCAGCUCGCCCGAAUUUGACGAGAGCCCCGAUCCGCUGGCUGUGAAGGUGGUCCGAAUUGAGCGGCAACUGCCCACCCGCCUAUCCACCCGCAUCAGCCACUUCAUCGACACCGACGUC